AACGUCAAUCUACCACGUGGCGAAUAAUAGAUUAAUCUCUAACGUUUUCCGUGUUUUGCACUUUCCUCCAUGGCAAUGGGCUUCUCCAAGCAAGCAUAGUUGAAGACGCUGCUACCCAUUAUGAGUUUGCUCACCCAUUAUCAUACUCUUCAGGGUGGGAAAUUUUUUGGUUCUCUCUAUGAUGUGAAGAAGCAGAACCCCUUCCCUGACAGGGAAUGUGUUGUAAGGGCUUCUGCAAUAAGAAGAAAGAACCUUUCUGUGAAGAAGCUGAGCGAUGAUGAACAAUCGCGUGAAAGAGCAGCACUGCGAAUUCAUGAGAGUUCAUCUGACCAAAGGAAGGUACUGGUGGAUGGGUCUUCUGCGGAAGAUGAUUAUCUUCGAGUUCAAGAAGGUAGUGCAAUGGAGUCGGUUGGUGUUCCUUCACGGAACACUGUGCUUCAGGCAUGCAUUUUCACUUCUGCGUUAAUAGGGCUUCUGGGUCUUACAAUUCGACAGUUAUCUCAUGUUGCAUCAGUGGAAGGACUGCCAAUCCAUGACUGCUCUAUGGAAGUACAAUUUGGUUUUGAGAUGUGGCAUCUUGAGUUAAUUACAGGAUUAGUUGUACUAAUUUCAUCCUCCCGGUACCUGCUAUUGAGAACAUGGCCGGAUUUUGCUGAAUCUACUGAGGCAGCCAAUCAACAGGUCCUUACGUCACUUCAACCUCUAGAUUACAUUGUUGUUGCAUUUUUGCCUGGGGUUGGUGAGGAACUCCUUUUUCGUGGUGCCCUGCUUCCACUUUUUGGUAUUAAUAUUGUGAGCAUCGCGGUUGUUGCUGCCAUUUUCGGUGCUCUACACUUGGGCAGUGGUCGAAAGUAUUCUUUCGCAAUCUGCAAGAUGAUUGUGAUUCUUCAAGGAUGAUCAGAUUAGCUAGUUGCUCGACAAACCUGUACUUCAGUUCUAUCUCCGUUGAUUGUGUACUCUCCAUGAGAUGUACGUCUUGCCUUCUUUGAUUUUGAUGGACUCUGUUGGAUAGUUUGCAAGAUGCUGGCUGACCUUGAACUGCAGACUGACUUAUGCGAUCUGUAAGAAAAAGAUUGGUUCCGAUGACUGGAUAUGGAUACAGGUAUAGGAAGGCUUAGUACAUAAAUGCAGUUCAUCAACUCUUGGAGACAAGGUAUGAUAUAUAUAAAUAUACAAGUAUGUAUGUAUUAUGGAAUAUGUUAUUAUUAUAGGUAUAGAUUUGAUCAUAUUUUUGGCUUCAUGCAUAAUUACAGUUGAUAUAGUUUGAUCACUUGAUGCAUUUCUUCUCUUUAAAUUUCAUACAUAAAUUUACAUAAAUAUGAAACUCAUUCAAAUCUUUAUUUUAGAUCCCGUAUUUAAUUGAUAAAUUAUCCUCCUUUCUAUUUAUAGAUUUAUCAUCACUGUCCAUCUUGUUUAUAAGGAAAAUGCUUGAGACACCCCAUUAAUGUGGAGUAUUGAAUGUUAAGUGGGCCCUACUCGUGUGUUUAUAAUCAAUGGUUAUUUUAAUGCCACAUAGAUUUGGUGGUCUUUUGGGGGUUCACAUUUUGGGAUGUAGCAUUGCUCUACUUAUAAUUUACAUCCUUCCUUUUAUAUGUAGAUUAUAUAUUAUACAAAGUUUCUUACCAUAUCAUUGCUGCUUCACUUGUUUCAAGUUUGAACAGGCCCUAUAUAUAUAUGUACAUAGAAAAAUCUUGAGAGGGCUCAAACACAAUAAAGAUACCCUUCUUGAAUCAUAAGAGUGACUGAGUGAGUACUAAUUCGAUUACCAAAAUGAAGGCAUCGUAUUUGGCACUGGUGUUGCCCUUUCUGACCAUCAUUUGCUGUUGCAGUUUAUAAUGCAGAGAGUUUUGAGUAUGUAAUGAUCAUGGCUCACUUUGGUGUCAAAGCCAUAGAUUUAAAGGGUCACUGCCAGACUGCUUCCUUCUGCACACAGGGUUACUCUCUAGAAAAUACAGCUUAUAAUGAAAAAGAUGUAGAGUUGGCUUAUGGUUGUUAAUUUUUUUAUAGGUAGGCUUUCUGGGAAUUUAUCCCUUCAAGAGAUGAGAAAAAAAAUUAGAGAUUCAUUUUCAGAGUUCAUAAGCAAUCACCUGUGUUGGAUGCCUUAAUAAUUGGCUAUUGAUGACUUAUGAACUGAUAGGUUCUAGUGAGGGGGAGGGGAUGCCAGAAUGAUUCCAGUUGAAAUCUGUAAAUCUAAACUGUUGGAUGCAUUGGAUGCAACUUAUGCUGUAGACUAGAGAUUUAACAAACAUCAUGAACCAACGGUUUAGAUUUACAGAUUUCAAUGAUUUCAGUUGGAAUCAUUCCAGCCUCUCUAUCCCUCUAGUGGGGUAUUAUUUGUGGUUAUGCAUUUGAAAAAUGAGUAAUGUGCGU